AAUCCGUAUUUACUUUCUCGAGCUCGCGGUGCAGCUGCUUUGGUUCGGUGCUGGCCUCUCCUCAGACGCCGCUUGCGCGCGUGAGUGUGCGCCGUCAGCACCAGGCGGCGCUCUUCGCUUUCUGAUGAAUUCCAGAAUGAAGCAGACAAAAGAAGAAGGGUCCAAAACAACUAUAAAGAAUUACUUCUUGGACAACACAGAUGGCAGCCUCAUACCAAGACGAACACUCAAGAUGAUUCAGCCAUCUGCAGCUGGUUCUCUAGUUGGCAGACUAAAUGAGUCAACUCCUAUCAAGGCCUUAUCCAAAAGGAAGCUUUGGAAUGAUCAACUAACAUCCAAGUCUUCUAAUGCUGAGGUUGCUAUAGACUCGGAGCACAGUGAAAAUGAAAACCUUGAAGGAGUCUCUCAAGAAGCUUUUGAUCUCAUGAUUAAAGAAAACCCCCCUUCACAGUACUGGAAAGAAGUGGCAGAAGAACGGAGGAAGGCUCUUUAUGAAGUACUACAAGAAAAUGAGAAACUACAUAAAGAAAUUGAACAGAAAGACAAUGAAAUUGCCCACCUAAAAGAAGAAAAUAAGGAACUGGCAGAACUAGCAGGACAUGUGCAAUACUUGGCAGAUAUGAUAGAAAGGCUAACUGGCCAGUCUGUAGAAAACUUUGAACCACAAAACAAUUCAGCAUUUGAAGAUUCUGAUUCUGGAGGUGAAGAAGUAGGCAGAAAUUUUGAAGAAAAUCCCCAGAUUGACACAUGUGAUGAAAGAAAUGCUUCUUUACCUACCAAUGGAUGACCACAUAUAUAUAAAUAUUUUAUGUUUGACUGUUGGGAAAUAACACUGCCAAAAGUAAACAUACACUUUAGUUACAUCUUUGGGCUACUUUUCUAAAUUAGUGAAAACCUUGAACAUUGGCUCUUUUUUUUUUAACUUGAUGCCUAGUGACAGAAUUAAUUGUAUUCUGCAAACUAUUAUAGUUUGCUUUUGGACACUUGUAUUAAAGUACAAAUACUGUGUAUUUUUAAUCUUGUGAUACUUUAUGUAAAUAGCAUCUUUUCAGUCGAGUCUGGCAUGACUUACAUAUACUUGACAAAUAAACUUCAAUCUCCCAUCAAAAAAAGCAUUGUUUAUAUAUCUUAUAUUUGUAAUUGGGGAAUAUGAAUGUUUGGGAAGAGUGAAUAUUAUUGUUACCUCAUUUUCAAUUUAUGUUGUAUAUUUGUUAGUCAAUAUUCAGUACUGUAUUACAUAUUCUUUGAGGGAGUAUAAAACAUAAGAAGCUCUUGCCUUUAAGGAAAUUAUAAUCUGGUUUGACAUUUAUAAA